UAUGUCUCUAGCUGUUCUUGGGUGUAAAUCAUUGAUGAGGACAGACAUUGGUUUUUAUAACUAGACUAAACACUAACCUUUUCCCACACUGAUUAAGAUCACUGCUCCUAUAUAUUUCUGCUCAGACCAUGUUCCCCUCAGUAGUGUCGAACUCGUGAUUGAAGGAUACAUCCACAGAUAAACAUGAUUUUUUGGGUCGUUUUUGUAGCUGGGCUUUUUCUCGCCUUUCUAUUCCGCCACCUGCACUUUUUCCAGGAUGCCCGGUACGUGUGGGUCAAAUUAAAAACAAGGGACCGUGUCAUGAAAUACAUGCAGACUAAUUACUCCCUCCUGGACCGGUUUCUGGACUUGGUGAAGGCGCAGCCACUCAAGCCGAUCGUCCUUUUUAAAGACGAGGCUUUCACCUACCAGGACGCGGAUGAGCUCAGUAACAAAGCUGCACGGGUUUUGCUGCAGAGCGGAGUCAUUAAAAAAGGAGACACGGUUGCGCUGUUCCUCAGAAAUGACCCGAUGCUCCUGUGGCUGUGGCUCGGUUUGAGUAAGAUCGGAUGUUCCGCUGCUUUUCUCAACUACAACAUCAGAUCCAAGUCCCUGCUACACUGCUUCAAGUGCAGCGGAGCCAAGACUCUGGUGGCAGCUGAAGAGCUGCAGGAUGCUGUGGAGGAGGUCCUGCCCAGUCUGUUGGACGAGCAGGUCACAGUUUUCAUCCUGGCUGACCGAUGCAAAACUGCAGAUGUGGAGAGCUUCAAAGACAAAAUGAGCCAGGCCUCCUCUGAGCCUCUAUCCAAAGAUUUAAGGUCACAUUCAAGUCCAUCAGUCUACAUUUACACAUCCGGGACAACAGGUUUACCUAAAGCAGCGUUGAUCACUCCGGCCAAACUGUUGACCAUAUCUUGCAUUUAUGGUCAAGCAGGAAUGAAAUCUGACGAUGUGGUUUAUGCUAGCCUCCCUCUCUAUCACACCUCUGGCUUCAUGGCAUUCACUGCAGCUAUUGACAGAGGUACCACAAUGGCUUUGAGUAGCAAAUUUUCUACAUCUCAGUUCUGGGAUGACUGCAGAAAACAUAACGUCACUGUCAUACAGUACAUAGGAGAAACUAUGCGUUACCUCUGCAACACACCAAAGAAACUCAAUGAUCGAAGACACAAAGUGAGGCUUGCGAUAGGCAACGGGAUCAGAGCCGAUGUCUGGAGGGACUUCAUAAGCAGGUUUGGAAACGUUAAAAUCAUGGAGUUUUAUGGAGCGACUGAAGGGAAUUGGGGUGUGCUGAAUUACAGCGGUAAGAUCGGAGCUGUUGGCCGAGACACCUUCCUCUACAAGAGGUUUUUUCCGUACGCUGUGAUCAAAUUUGACGUAGACGAAGGACUGCCUGUGAGGGAUUCUUCUGGUUUGUGCAUAGAGGCUGCCAAAGGAGAAACUGGACUUCUGGUAUCUAAAAUAGCAGCCAGGUCUCCGUUCUUGGGUUAUGUGAGUGACCUGCAGCAAUCUGAGAAGAAGAGGCUGCAUGACGUGCUCAAGAAAGGAGACUUGUUCUUCAACUCUGGGGACCUGCUGUGCAUUGAUGAAGAUAAUUUCAUCUACUUUCAGGAUCGAGUUGGAGACACUUUCAGAUGGAAAGGAGAGAACGUGGCUACAAACGAGGUGGUUGACGUCAUCACGCUGGCUGACUGCAUUAACAAAGCCAACGUGUAUGGAGUCGAAGUGCCAGGUCAGGAGGGGAGAGCAGGAAUGGCUGCCGUUAUUUUAAAUGAAGGACAGAGAUUUGACUCUGCAGGUGUUUUUAAACAUGUUGAAAACUUCCUGCCUUCCUACGCAAGGCCACGUUUUAUGAGGAUUCAGAGCUCCAUGGACGUUACAGGCACCUUCAAGCUUUUGAAGGGGAAGCUGGUGAAGGAGGGUUUCAACCCUAAUCAAAUGACUGACCCGCUCUACUUCCUGGAUGAAAAAGACAAGAAUUAUGUCCCACUUACGGGUGACCCAGGCUGCGCUGCCCUUGGAGCUGACCAGGGAUCAGCAGCAUAGAGGACACCUCGACAGGCAAAGACACACAUAGGGAAUGAGUUUGGGCAGUUCGGGCUUAAGGAGAACAGGUCACUGAUGUUAACAGGAUCAUCAACAAGACUGUUAAUCUCACUCAAAUGUUAUUGAACAUGUGCAACCUAAUGAUAAAUGAACCAUCCAUCAUUAUCAUGUAUUUUACUUUAAAGGUUCUCUAUACAAUAUUGAGAGCAUUAUUAUAGCAUCAAACAACUUUGUACUGUUCGUCAUUUUUAAGUUGAAGCAAAUACUGAAAGUCGGCUGUAAACCACUAGUUAAAUGUCUGGAUUUAUUAGGACUAAGCCAGUCUUGCUCCUGUUCAUUUUCUGAAAACUUUUAAGAUCAAUUACUUGGGGAAAAAACAACCUCUGUUUAAAAGUAUACAAGUGGUAUUAACAUAAUUCAAUUUAAAAUGAGUUUCUGUUUAUCAGUAUGACACAGGUUUUAAGCAUUUAGGAUAAAAAGUGUAAAUGUUUCCAUUGACAUCCAAGAGUGUACAUGGUAGUAAGCAUAUGUGAGGGGUCCCUGGCUGGCCCCAACAAGUUUGAGAAUCCCUGAUCCCCUGGUCACAAGUCUUUGAGGGCAAGUGAUCAAUAAAUGAUCAAGUCUUUGAAUGCCGACCAUCUAAGUGGUAUUUCAACAUUUUGAUUUUAAAUCUAUGUUAUUGGUGUUUUCAUAUAGCUGAGACCAA